CGCCCGGGGGGUGGCGGUCCAGUUGCCCCGCCUGUCCUGCUGGUCCCGCCCUGCGCCGCCGGGGUUGGGGGCGGUGGGGACGGCGAGGCAUUCCGGCGACAAGGCACCACAGGCUACUUACCCCCUCCGGCCCUGGACGGGCAGCGCCGCCCCGGCUGGAGCCAAGGGACACGGCAGGGUCGCGGCUACUGUGCUGAGCAAGCCUCUCCAUGGAGGAUGCUGGCGAGGACCCCACCGUAUUCACUGCCCAUUCUCUGCCCAGUGACCCCCGGCUCUUGGCCACUGUGACCAAUGCAUACCUGGGCACACGUGUGUAUCAUGAUGUACUCCACGUGAGUGGCGUGUACAAUGGGGCUGGGGUAGACACGCACCGGGCCAUUCUCCCCAGUCCCCUCAACGUCCGGCUGGAGGCCCCUGCAGGGGCAGGAGAGCAGCUGACCACGACCUUUGUCCUGGACACUAACACAGGCUCCUUCCUGCACACCCUGGAGGGCCCCAGCUUCCGGGCCUCCCAGCGCAUCUAUGCCCACCGCACGCUGCCUCACGUCCUGGCCUUCAGCGUGUCCGUCACCCGUGUGGCUGCGGGGAGCUGGCCCAUCACGGUAGUGCUGCGGGCAGCCAUGUCCCCAGAAAGCCCGGACCUGGACCUGCACCUGGGUCUUGACUUCCAGGGAGCCCGGUACAUGUAUGGCCACACGCUCACCCCUGAGCAGCCUGGGGGGCUGCUGCAGGAGGUGCACAUGCUGUGGACACCAGUGCCCCCGGCGCUGACACUGGGGGAAGGCGAGAUGGACAGGACCUGGGAGUUCCUGACUGUGGUGGGCGGCAGCCAGGCUGAGGCCCAGGCCUGCCUCACCGAGGCCCAGCAGCUGCAGGGCAGGGGUGCUCUGUACACCGUUCAUGCCCAGGCCUGGGCCCAGCUCUGGGCAGGCUGUGGCCUAGAUGUGGUCGGGCCCCUGCCCCUGCGCCAGGCCCUGCGUGGGGCCCUCUACUACCUGCUCAGCACCCUGCCCCAGCCCGGGGCCCCAGGAUACAUCUGCCACGGUCUCAGCCCUGGGGGCCUCUCCAACGGGAGCCGUGAGGAAUGCUACUGGGGCCACAUCUUCUGGGACCAGGGCAGAAGGUGGGCAGGCAGGGAGAGAGGAGGACAUGAAAGACCCCAGAACAGGGACCCUUCGGCUGUGUCUCAGGAUCUGUGGAUGUUCCCGAAUAUCCUGCUGUUCCACCCAGAGGCUGCCAGGGCCCUCCUGGAGUACCGCAUCCGGACGCUGGGUGGGGCCCUGGACAACGCCUGGAACCUGGGCUACGAGGGAGCCAAGUUUGCCUGGGAGAGCGCGGGCUCUGGCCUGGAGGUCUGCCCUGAGGACAUUUACGGGGCCCAGGAGGUCCACGUCAAUGGGGCAGUAGUGUUGGCCUUCCAACUGUAUUACCACAUCACCCAGGACCUGCAGCUCUUCCAAGAGGCUGGUGGCUGGGACGUGAUCAGUGCUGUGGCUGAGUUUUGGUGUAGCCGUGUGGAGUGGAGCCCAGAGGAGGAGAAUUACCACCUGAGGGGAGUCAUGCCUCCCGACGAAUACCACUCAGGAGUCAACAACUCUGUGUACACCAACGUCCUGGUCCAGAACAGCCUGCGUUUUGCUGCUGCCCUGGCCCAGGACCUGGGUAAGCCAGUCCCCAACCGGUGGCUGGUGGUAGCUGAUAAGAUCAAGGUGCCCUUUGACCCAGAGCAGAACUUCCACCCUGAGUUUGAUGGGUAUCAGCUGGGAGAGGAGGUGAAGCAGGCGGACGUCGUGCUGCUGGGGUACCCCGUCCCCUUCCCCCUGAGCCCUUGUGUUCGCAGGACGAACCUGGAGAUUUAUGAGGCUGUGACGUCCCCCCAGGGCCCUGCCAUGACCUGGAGCAUGUUUGCCGUGGGCUGGCUGGAGCUGAAGGAUGCCAGGCGGGCCCGUGACCUCCUGGAGAGGAGCUUUGCCAACAUCACCGAGCCCUUCAAGGUCUGGACGGAGAAUGCAGACGGGUCGGGCGCGGUGAACUUCCUGACGGGCAUGGGGGGCUUCCUGCAGGCGGCACUCUUUGGGUUCACGGGGUUCAGGAUCACCAGGGCCGGGGUGACUUUCAACCCACUGUGUCCAGCGGGCAUCUCUGGAGUGUCCGUCUCUGGCGUCUCCUACCAGGGGAACAAGCUUGACUUCUCCUUCUCCGGGGACUCUGUGACAGUUGAGGUCAUGGCCCCCACAGCGCCUGGGGCCUCCCCGCUGGAGGUUGAGCUGUGGCCAUCACUGGCUCGGCUCCCCUUGCCCCCAGGAAACCAGGUCUCCUUUCCCUGGUCAGCUGGCCGGAUACAGAGGUCACUCUCGUAGGAAGCAGGAGCAGCAGGUUCUGCUCCAAGAGUUUGCUCGGAGAGUGUUUUGAAGACAUUAGACUCCAGCCCCAGAGCCCGCAGGACCUUCUCUGGGACACCCUUGGGCCCUCCAGCCCCACCAAGUCGCUCACUCAAAGCUGUCCUGGUGCUGCCCCAGAAUGACCAGGGCUGUCGGCUUCAGGGGUGUUCUGGGGUCCUCUCCUCUGGCCACUCCCUCUGCGGGUGCCCCUCUUCAAUGCCCUCCUGGCCUGCCGCCCCCCUGCCACCCACCCUCCACCCGGCAGCCAGGCGCACGGGCUCCAGGGAAAGUCUAGAUUCUCCAGCCCAAAGUUCAUGACUGUCUUCUUCUAGCCUGAGCCCCUCCCAGUCCUUUAAACCCCCUGGUUGAGUGGCUUCCCCACGACCUCCCACACCAGCCACAUCUGUGCCUGCCAUCCCUCGGUGCCCCUUCCCCAGGACGCUACAGGACAGGGUGGGGAGAAGCCCACAGCUCUGCUGAGAAGGCAGAGGCAGGUGCAGGGCCCGAUGUGGAGGCCUUGAUGUGGAGGAUGGCGGGACCAGGGAGUGGGGAAGGGGACUCCGUCCCUGUGGAAUUAUUCAGAACUCAGUUGCAACUUCACCACAAAGGGACUUCUGUGUUGCACUGUUGAGCAUCAGGCAUGGCUGGGUCCAGGUGCUCUUGGGCUAUUGUGGGGACUCAGCAUCCUCAGUCCUUGGAUCCUCUGGCCUCUGGGCCACUUCUGUCAGGUUGGAUGGCUCCAUCACAUGCCUUUCCUCAGCGGGAAGGGAGGGGAGUAGGGUGUGGAGCAAGACCCUGCAUCUUCCCUCUGACCAACCAGAAGGACGCAGCGAAGUGUGCAUGGGUUAAAGGCCACGGGCCUGGGCCCGUGUGUCUUGGGCAGGCUGCCUAUGGCUGGAGGCCCUGCCCAGGUCUCCUCCUGGGGCCUCAGCUGGCCCUUCAGUUGGCAUGUCAAACUUGGGUCCUGGGGGUGGCCCGAGAGUGAGGUGACAUGGCAUCUGCUGCCGAGAUCUUGGUGAGGGCUGUGCCAGCUGCGCCAAGUCAGCCUGAGGAAUUAAAGUUUGCUGCUGGGAAAAGCUC